AAAAUGACAGGAGCUGAUUGGCUGGUACUUUACCUCUCUCCAAGCAUUGAUGUAUAUGCCCCCAAGGCUUAGUGCAUAUACCCUUUACUUCAGUAUGAACGUUCGGUAUUGUGUUCAGUCACCCUAUAUAUAAUUAUCAUUAGCUAUAAAAGACCCUAAUGCAGCAUCCAGAUUGCCGGGAUACAUUUUUGUAGGCUUUCCUAUCCUGCAAAAUACUUCUAACAUGUUAUAACGGAAUAAUGCUACAGAGCUGCCAUUGGUGCCCACCUGCCCCUGGCAUCAUGGUUCUGCUACCCACCAGCUUGACCGAAGAAGAAGAAUCACUGCAGAGGAAGUUUGCCAAACUGAAAAAAAAGAAGAAAGCGCUGCUAGCCCUGAAGAAGCAGACAUCCACCAACCAGACCAGCCAGACCGGCAUCAAGAGAUCUCUAUCAGACCAGCCUAUUGUAGACACAGCAACAGCUACAGAACAGGCCAAGAUGCUGGUGAAGACUGGGGCUAUUAGCGCUAUUAAGUCUGGGACCAAAAACAGCGGAUUCAAGCGCUCUCGGACACUAGAGUGCAAACUCAAGGACCCAGACAAAGGCCCGGCUCCUACUUUCCAGCCUUUCCAGCGUAGUUUCUCUGUGGAUGAGGACCCAGCCGAGGGCUCAAGGCGUGCUCAGAGAAAGUCUCUAAAUGAAUGCUUUGUCAGCUCCAGUGACCGAAUGCGAGACCCGGAAAGAGACCCAGAUGACCGAGAGAGCGACCGAGACUCCCGUCGUGGAGGAGAUAGAGAGCCUUAUGACAGAGAGCGGGGAAGAGAGCGUUACUGCGACAGGGACAGAGACAGGGACCGAGAUCGAAGCGACAGAGAUCGAAAGUACUCUUCCUUCUCCGACCGCCGCAAGCCCAGGAAAGGGAACACGUUGUAUGUGAACGGCGUCGGCAUGAAGAAGCCGGUGCUUAAUGACGCUUUCGCCAAAUUUGGGAAGAUUAUUGAUCUUUCGAUGGACCCAUCACGGAAUUGCGCCUUUGUCACCUAUGAGAAGAUGGAAUCUGCUGACCAGGCCAUUCAGGAGCUGAAUAACAUGAUGAUGGAAGACGUGACGGUGAAGGUUAGCAUGGCUCGGAAGCAACCCAUGCUGGACGCAGCCUCGGAGAAAUCAGUGUGGGGCCAGCUGGGUUCCUUCCCCGACCAUCGCGAGCCAAGGAAAGGGAACACGUUGUAUGUUCACGGAGUGGGCUUAAAGAAGCCGAUGCUUAACGAGGCCUUCUCCAAAUUUGGAAAGAUUAUUGACCUUGCGACGGAAACGUCCCGAAAUUGCGCAUUUAUCACCUUUGAGAAGAUGGAAUCCGCUGACCAGGCCAUUCAGGAGCUUAAUAACACGAUGAUAGAUGACAUUUUGGUGAAGGUCAGUAUGGCGUGGAAGCAGCCCAUGCUGGACGCGGCCGUAGAAAAAUCGCUGUGGGGCCCGCUAGGUGCCUUCUCAGACCGCAGCGAGCCCCGGAAAGGGAACACGUUGUAUGUACACGGCAUUGGCAUGAAGAAGCCGGCACUUAAUGACGCCUUCGCCAAAUUUGGGAAUAUUAUUGAUCUUUCGACUGAUCCAUCCCGAAAUUGCGCCUUUGUCACCUAUGAGAAGCUGGAAUCCGCUGACCAGGCAAUUCAGGAGCUCAAUAACACGGUGAUAGAGGACGUUACGGUGGAGGUUAGCAUGGCUCGGAAGCAGCCCAUGCUGAAGGCAGCCUUAGAGAAAUCGUUGUGGGGCCAGCUGGCUUUAGAAAACAAUAUGACGGGGCCUCAGUUAGAAAAGGGACCUCCCAUCGUCUAUUCAGAGGAUUUCUUCAAUAUGGACCCACCUGCUGCAGAAGACAGUCCCGUGUAAAGAAUGGAAGAUCUCUCCCAUUGGCUGGCAUAAGUCAGGAGUUUAUUGGUCAUUUAGAUAGCCAAGCAGCUUUCAGUGUAACUUGUAUAUGUUUAUUGCUGUAUAAUAAAUACUUCUUUUCUGUCA